AUGCGCCCGGCGUUGUCUUCCCCGGCACCACUGUCCCAGUGCUGCGCCCGGAAGCAGCUCGGAUAUAAUGGAAAAAAAGUUGGACGAUCACAACUGUACCUUAGUGUCAAUGAAAUGUCUCAGAAAAUUACUUGCCAAGUUCAACCCAGAUAUGGCACUGAAGUGUUUACAAUUUUCAGCAUCUUCUGCACAUCAGGCAAAGAGGACCUUUCCUAUGAAUUCAGCUACCAAGUGGGGGAUUUAUCAAGGAAAAUGUUGUAUAAAGGAAGAGAUAUUCAAUACUACUUUAAUUUGCCAUCAGGGGAUCCAGGUAGUGGAUAUCAAGUCACAGUUUUCACUCAAAUAACAAAUGCUUUUGGAUCACAAACUCAGCCAUGUCCACUGAAUGUGACCGUGCAUCCAGUUGUCUCCAGGAAUACAUCAAAUACUUUAUCGGAGGUUGAACUAUUUCAAGAAGGCUUGAGAAAUCUUUCUAUGCUUGUGUUAAUGGGAAAUCACGUUGAGAUUCGAAACUACGUUGUCUUAUUGACCACAAUCCUCAAUCGAUUAUAUACAGAAGACAACAAAACAACUUUGGAACAGCAGUUACAAAUCAGAAAUGAACUGAUUUCCAUUGUUCACAGCUUACCUUUUAAUAAUCAGGAUGAGUUUACUGAUAUUGUGGAAAUGCUAAAAGAUCUGUUUAACGCCACAAAUCAGAGAGAGCUGGAAACAUUCCAUUAA